AACGAUCAAGAAAAAAGGGGAAAUUCCCGCGAUAAUCAGUUCACGGUCUGGCAGGGCAAGGUCCUUCAGAGAGAGAGAGAGAGAGAGGAGGAACGCACAUCCAUGACUAGGAUCCAAGUUAGUCUUGUCGAUUGCUGAAAUCGAGAUUGACGCUGCACUGUUGUUAUCCUUAGAACUCCAGGCUGAAAUACAGAGUCGUGGCAUUAUCAUGUAUGGUUAGAUUGGUGAAGUUUCUCCCAAAUCGCUGAGUCCAUCUUUUGAUCAAAGGAAAAUUUGGUUGAUCUAGUGGCUUUUUGCUAUAACCAAGUAUAUGACGAACAGGUCCUAAGCUCAUGGUGAAAACAAAGCUAAGACACCCAGGAAUUGCUGCUGGCAGGAAAAGUGGUACUCCAUCCUGCCUUAUUGACACCUCAGAGUCUGGUCAACAACAUGACAAAGAUGAUUGGAUUAUUGUAAAAAAGCAGCGAGUGACCAUUCUAAUCCCUGCUGUUCCCCUUUCCACUAAAAUAUCCAUAGCAGCACCCCAUGGGCCGUCCAACAUGGCCAGCAGCAACUGUCAACUUCAAAUGGGGACAUCUACAGCACUUUCUUCAGUGAAUGAACUAGAGAAGACAAUAUGGGCUGCCCAAAAGGAGAUUCAGGUAACUAGAAAAGCCCUUCCUCUACGUAAUCCAACUUCAGCCAAGAUUGCAAGGAUAGAUCGAAGAAUAGAAUUAGAAAUUCCACAGCAAGUCAGUAAUUUAAAGUCACAGAGAUUACUUGGGAUCUCUAAGAUAUCCAAAGCUAUAAAGCAGCCAAGACUACUACUUGCACCUAGUAGCUAUCCAAACUUGGGCACAAGUCUAAAUCAAGGUCUGCGGGCAUCGAAUCUAGAAAGGAAGCUUGAAAGAGCUGGUGGGUUGAGCAAGUGGCUGACGUCACUUGGACUGGGGCAGUUUGUGAGAAUUUUUCAGGGGAAGAGGCUAAAUAAGUAUCAGUUGGUAAAUCUAACCAUGAAGAAGCUCAAGGAUAUGGGUGCCAAUGCAGUCGGGCCUCGCAGGAAACUGAUCCAUGCCAUAGACUGUGUUUGCCAGCCACAUUGUUUUGAGGCACUGUAGAAGUUUAUAGGCUUUUGUGAGUAAACACAAGACAUUACCCAAAGGCAAAACCUGGUUUCUGGGAGCUCUUAAGCGCCAGCUUGUAGUGUAACAGAGAACAAGACUCAAGCACCACAAUAGUAGAUGCACGAGGUUGGCUUCUUAGAGGUUUCUACUUUCACGUGGUUUAAUGGACACUUGUACAAUAUGAGACAUUGUUAUACAACAUGCACACCAUGAUUUCUUUUU